UAAAUACGAGGCUCAGUACGAUAAUCUGGCACCGAUGCUCCCGCCCCGCGCCAGUCAACACGGGUCGUCGAGCGGUGCGCCUCCUCUUCGUGUUCUGUGCUCCUGCCGCUGUGCCACGACCCCUGCAGCCCGGUGCCCAGUGCUUGUAAGGAGGAGGUCUGCUUGUGGCCAUGGACAUCAAGCACAAGGAGGUGGUGGACUGGCUGAGGGAGGUGUACGGGGCUGAGCAGAUCCCUCCCUACGAGAAGACCGAGCGCAGCAUCACCGUCCUGCACCAGCUCAUGACCGCCAGCCGCCACUCCGAGGACAACGCAAAGAUCCUGGCUGAGGACUAUGCCAUCAAGGCUUCAGAGUACAAUGCUGAGGCCAGACAGCUCAGGAAGUGGAGGGAACCUGUGAAAAUUUCUCCGGAUAUGUUAUCGGAUGAGGGACAGGCUCGCCUCGACGCGCUGGCACACACGGCCGAGGUGCUCGAUGUUCAGACGCCAACGAGCACCAACAUUAUUCUUGCCGUAAAUGAAAUGGAGAUGAGCCACAUGCAGGUGCUCGCCGAGAGAAAGCAGGAGCAGACCCGCACCUCUCGCCUGUUGGAGAUGAACCGGGAGGUCUCACGCAAACUGGAACAGAUGAGAGAGAUCUAUCAGCAGGCAGAGGCCACCUGGAAGCAGCAGCAUGAGGAACACGCCAAGAACCAGAAGCAGGAGAAGUUCAUGAAGGGGAAGUGUAACAACUACCUGGCGGACAUCAGCAGCUAUGAGGCAAGGCUGAACCAGGUGGGCAUGACAAAGGGCAUCACACACCAGGCCCUCGGCAGACAGUGGGCUGAACUGCAGGGGCUGGAGAGGCAGGUGAGUCAGCUUGAGGAGCAGCUGAGGAGCUACACACUGCCCCCGGAUCUAGCGCUGGCCCAGGUGGAGGUGGAGGCCGCCCGACAGGAGCUUGCCUCAAUCAUGGAAAAGGUUUUCGCCGCAUGCAAACAGUCUGGCGGCCCACGCUGAGGAAUGAAAGAGAGGAAGAGGACAUGAUAUUGUUUUGUAGUUAUGAGGGAAGUGGAAAAAAGAAAAGGAGGAAGAAGAGGAAGAGAGAGAAUGGUGGAGGAAAGAAGGAAAGGUGAGAGAGAGAGAGAGAGAGAGAGAGAGAGAGAGGGAGAGAGAGAAUAAUUACCAUUGCACAGAUUUACAAAGAUAUCCAGACCACAGAGAGAGAGAGCGAAUGAGCAGUGCAUGAAAUUAAAGGACUUGUGUGUAUGUAUGUAUGUAUAUUUUUCUUAUGACAUUCCUGACUAUUCUUGAGUACACCUGAGACCAACUAUUAUCAAAGUUCUUGCUGUCAUAGGACUGCUUAAUUACUACUACUACUUAUAAGAUAUGUGCUGUAUUACUUUUUUAUUGUUAAGAGAUAAAUCAUAACUAUAAUAACAAAGUGCGCAGUUGUCCUUUCCUUUCCGAUAAUGUUGCCUCCAUCUUAUGUCUAAAAAAUAAAAAUAAGAAAAAAUCGUAAAUGCCGUAAUAGUUACAAUGCAAUUACUGUUUUGUUAUUAAUUAGCGCAGGAGGUGGAAUAUAUUAUCAAUUCAUAUUUUUCUACUAAGAGAAAUGCAGACUAAAUUAGCUCUCAAGUACUAAAAAUAAUGAACCUGAGUGGUGAACCCGCAUAUGUGAUGAGGUGAGGGCUUAGGAAUCAUGUUUUUGUAUGAGGAUAAAAUACAUGUACGGUAGUGGGACGGAUAGGAAGAGUGGUCUAUCGCGUGCCGUAGUUUUAAGUCACCAUCCUUCUACACGACCAUAAAGAAGUCUAUUGAUCUUGAAUGGCUCUUGACCCGCGGGGGAGGACGGGGGGCUGAGGAAGAGGUGAUGAAGUUUCCUUCCCACACCUCCACACACCCCAGAUAGUGAAAAUACGAGCCCUGUGGAUGUUACUGGGUGGGAUAGGAGUGGUUCAUCAAUUUAUUGAGGCGAGUGGAGUGCAUGAGGAGUGGGAAAAGAACCAGCGUGCCGGGGUAGGGGGGCCCCGUGUUGUGGUGGUGGGCAGUGUUGCCGAGCCCGGCGCUGCACCCCGCAGGACAUGCCUACCUGCAGGACGCCAAAAAAUUAUAGACUUAUGACUGUCAUAAUAAAAUGAACACAGUA